AACACAACACGUCGCCCCCAAAACCGCCGACCAGAGCUCACACGCGGCGGCCCCCCUUGCCAACCCGCCCGCCGCGUCCUCCCUCCCUUCUCCCCCCUCCCCGCUCGCCGGCGGCGGCGGCGGCCGGAGGCCCGAAGGUGCAUGGGCCAGGCUCUGCGCCGCGUGAGGCCCCCUCCUCCUGCGCCCUCGCCCCCGGCGAGGCCCCCUCCCCCGCCUCCGCCGCGGGCACCGCCGGCGGCUGCUGGCGGCGCGCCCUCCAAUGGCGAUGUCAGAGAGCCAACAAAUAAUGCCCAUGGUGUACUUGAGGAGCGUGAUCCAAGUUACGAGGAGAUGCUUAAGCACAUGGUUGGGAGAAUCACUACUAAGCCUGGAGGAAAACCAGAAAUGGGUGACGCUUCCAUUGUACAGCGGUACGACAGGCCUCUCCCAAAGGUCAGAACUUCGAAGGCUGACCCUGGGCAAAGCGGGAGCAGGCAGCUGCCAUCAGGAGCCCUUAACGUCCAGCACAUCCAGGAGAUCAUCCAGCUGUACCAGGGCAAGUCCAGCACCCACCACGGUCCCAUGAGCGUGGACGACAUCGCCUCGAAGUUCAGAGUCGAAGCCUCCGUCGUCCGGAACAUCGUGCAGUUUGUCUCGUUGCCCCAGGACGAAACCGCCAAGAAGAAAGAGGAGUUCUGAGAACCCGGGUGGGUGGCCCUGCUGCUGACGCUAAGCUUUCUCCAUUCUUGUUCCCAAGUUUCAUAGUGCCUUUUAGGUGUUUAUCUGUUGCUGCUGCUGCUCCUGCUGAGAUGAUAUGAUGGAAAUCGAAAUGUGCGUGUGUUCCUUACCUGAAUAAAGAUGACAGUCUGCGUUUUUUACCCGACGGGCUCGUCAUCCUUGUCAUGGAUAUGAACGUUGGUCUAUACUUGGUCUUUUAAAAGCACUAUGAGCUAUUUAUGUUCUGGAGCUCAGUGUCAACAGUCAAAA